AUGGGACGAAUUGUUGCUAUCGCAGGUCUGGAGACAUGGAAACAUUUAGUUGACUACUGGGCGGACGAAAACAUUGUUAUCAAGGUUUCUGUCGAUCAAAGAAUCCAAGUUUCGAAAAUCAUUGCCUUCUCAGUCGACUAUCUUCCUAAAUGUCCGGAUGAAAUGCGAUUGGAGAUUAUCAACACUGUUUCUUUGGGCUUCAAAAACCACUUUGCUCAGUCGGCGUCCGACAAUCGAGAUAUUGGAAUGCUUUCUGCCAAGAAGAUCAUCUCAGUAUUUGAUUCAGAGGCCAAACUUGACUUUCCAAUCACGAAUAAAGACCUUCAAGCGGAUCAAAAUAAAGUUCACGAAGAUAGCAGAGAGCGAACAAUCGAAUUCUUGAACGGUAACCAACAAAAAGUCGAAGAUGAAAGAAUCAAUGCUGGAAACUGUGACGAUGAUGAUGAUGAUGAUGAUCGAGAAAGUCUUGAUUCCGACGACUUGGAAUUCGAACAAUUCGAAUUCGAAACGCCGAACCUUUCAAAAUACAGUCCCCGCUUUCUUAUGGAAGCCAGUGGAAUUUUGGUCGAGAGAAAUCUACCCCAAUCAAUGUCAAAAACGGAGAAGACUAAACGCAAACUCGCCGCGCUGGAAACAAUUCCGUAUUUAGCAAAGGUCAAUCAGGUUUCUUCGAAGGAGCUUGUGGAAGAGAUUUUGAAAGGGAUCGUUUAUUUUGAAAUUGUUAACGAUAAUGAUGCUGCUCUCGUGGGUGAUGCUCUAGAAUCGUUGGCAGUUGUGGCUCCGGAAUUUUAUGCUCCUGCGAUUGUUGGUGAAUUUUAUGCCGAGUCAAUGCCUCUAGAAAAACGGCAGAUCAUUCUUGCCUCUCUAUCGAAGGCCGUAAAGCAAUUGGCGGACCUUCCCUUCGAAGAACUUGAAGAAGAGAUCGCCUUUGAAAAAUUAGCGCUUUCCGCAAAAGUUGAAUCACAAUCACGGCGCUGGGGAAGCCGCCCAAAAAGCGAGAAGAUGCUCAAGUCUCGGUUUUAUCCUGCCGCUGGAUAUUUUCUUUUUCCUUUCUUGCGCAGCUGGGAUUCGAAUAAACGAACGUUGAUGUUGGAGACGUGCGAUAAAGACGUCUUGUCAAGAAUGAUUGCAUUCGUCGGCCAGAUCAUUUCUCUCUUGGAUAAUAUUCCCGAAAUCGAGAAAUACGUCCUUCCUUCCAUAGAUUUUCUCGCGACUUUUAGAAGAAUUGAUGACACGAAUUUGAAACUUGUAAUAAUCAAAUCUUACCAAGUUUGUCUGCUGAGCAUCGCUUCAACUAAACAAGAAAUCUGGAUGGACAUCACUUGGAAAAUGUGGCUAGAAGAAUGCCAAUCGCUUGAUUGCCCACGCCUUUCACUUGCUGCGACUGACCUUUUGAAUCUAUUCUAG